UACCCUUGUGUGUCCGUACGUCCUAUGCCGGCCCCUGACAGCGUGAGCGUGUAGUGUGCGCGUGCCUCGUUCUUCCGGCCCGGACCCGCCGCCAGCUAUCCCGUCUCUUCACACACCGCUCGGCUGUCACCAUGUUGGGACCUGUUCUCCGGCGCUGCUUGUCCUCCGGACUCCGCAGCCUUCCCCGCUGCCGCCCGCAUUCUCAGCCUGCCUUCCCCCUAGCUGCAGUUGCUGCUCGCUGCUAUUCUCAUGCCAAACAUGAGUCAGAUGAAGAGUUUGAUGCCCGUUGGGUGACUUAUUUCAACAAGCCAGAUAUUGAUGCCUGGGAGCUGCGAAAAGGUGUGAACACGCUCAUUGGUUAUGAUUUAGUUCCAGAACCAAAAAUCCUUGAUGCUGCCUUGCGUGCUUGCAGACGGUUAAAUGACUUUGCAAGUACUGUCCGUAUUUUGGAAGCAGUGAAGGAUAAAGCCGGACCUCAUAAGGAAAUCUAUCCCUAUGUCCUUCAGGAACUUAGACCGACUUUAGAGGAGCUUGGUAUUUCUACCCCAGAAGAGCUCGGCUUGGAUAAAGCAUGAAAAGAUUAUCCAUCCAAAUGUUUUAUCCAUUCUACUUGAUUGUACACAGCCAUCCAGAAAUACAAAGAUGUUAACAUAUUACCUUUAUUUGGGGAAAAUACAGCACUGUUCUUUUAUUGAGUCCCAUUCUGUGUAAUAUUAUAUUGGACCUAAUAAAGGGAUGUUGUUUGAUCUCA